AUGUCGCUUUCCGUCAAAGAGAAGACGGUAGUUAACUGGGUUUUACGAGCUUUAAAACUUCUGAUUUGUAUAUUCGUGGUUGUGGCUUCCAUAUCUUCGAGAUUGUUUGCAGUCGUUAAAUUCGAAUCUAUUAUUCAUGAAUUUGAUCCCUGGUUCAAUUUUAGAGCUACUAAGCUACUUACUGAGACCUCAUUCUACAACUUCUUAAAUUGGUUUGAUUCACGUACUUGGUAUCCAUUAGGCAGAGUCACAGGGGGCACUUUAUACCCUGGAUUGAUGACUACUGCGUCUUUGAUUUGGAACAUUUUACAUAAGAUAGGUAUUCCAAUCGACAUUAGAAACGUUUGUGUCCUGUUUGCUCCUAUUUUCUCCUCGCUCACUGCAUGGGCUACUUAUAAACUAGCCUCAGACAUCAAGGAUACCCGUACUGGUCUCUUAGCUGCUGCCUUCAUUGCUAUAGUCCCGGGUUAUAUAUCUCGUUCUGUAGCAGGUUCUUAUGAUAAUGAAGCCAUUGCUAUCACGUUGCUCAUGUUAACUUUCAUGUUUUGGAUUAAAUCUAUCAAGACUGGUUCUAUCCUUCAUACUAUCGGUGCCUCCCUGUGCUAUUUCUAUAUGGUCUCUGCAUGGGGUGGUUAUGUUUUUAUUACCAAUUUGAUUCCUUUCCAUGUCUUUUGUUUGCUUCUAAUGGGUAGAUAUUCUAAUCAAAUCUAUGUCUCUUAUACCACUUGGUUUGUCUUGGGUACCGUUGCAUCCAUGCAAAUUCCCUUUGUCGGCUUCUUACCUAUUCGUUCAAACGACCAUAUGAGUGCUCUAGGUAUCUUUGGUUUGUUACAAAUCGUUGCAUUCGGUAAUUUCAUUAAAAAAAGUUAUUCGCAAAAUAAUAAUAAUAGUAAUUCUAACGGUAACUUGAAAAAAGUUAUGGUUUUUUCAUUUUUGGCUGUUUGCAUCCUGGGUAUCCUUUUAUUAAUUUUGGCCACUUAUUUUGGUUUAAUUGCUCCAUGGACAGGUAGAUUCUAUUCCCUUUGGGACACUAACUACGCAAAGAUCCAUAUCCCAAUCAUUGCUUCCGUCUCUGAACAUCAACCAGUGGCAUGGCCUGCAUUUUUCUUCGACACCCAUUUCUUAAUAUGGUUGUUCCCUGUAGGUGUUACUCUGCUCUUCUCAGAAUUGAAAAACGAACAUGUCUUUAUUAUCGUCUACUCAGUUCUAUGUUCCUAUUUCGCUGGUGUUAUGGUUAGAUUGAUGCUGACUUUGACCCCAGUUAUUUGUAUCGCAUCCUCCGUCGCCUUAUCUCAAUUAUUCGACACAUAUUUGAAUUUCUAUGAUCUAUUCAAAUUUUGGCAAAAUGGGUCCUCGUCUAGGCAAAACUCUACAAACAAAGACACUAAAUUGAAUUUUUUCAAAUUCUUAUCUAAACUUAUCGUGUCCGGUUCAUUCAUCUUUUACCUUUAUAUCUUUGUCUACCAUUGUACGUGGGUUACUCAAAACGCUUACUCGUCGCCAAGUGUGGUGUUGCCAUCGCAGACCCCUGAUGGAAAAAUGGCUCUAAUUGAUGACUUUAGAGAAGCUUACUAUUGGUUACGUAUGAACACAGAUGAGGACAGUAAAGUUGCCGCAUGGUGGGAUUAUGGGUAUCAAAUCGGUGGGAUGGCCGAUCGUACUACAUUGGUAGACAAUAAUACAUGGAAUAACACUCAUAUUGCGCUUGUAGGUAAAGCUAUGGCUUCUAACGAGGACCGUGCAUACGAGAUCUUUAACGAAUUGGAUGUGGACUAUGUUCUUGUUGUUUUUGGCGGGCUCUUGGGAUUUGGUGGUGAUGAUCUAAACAAGUUCCUAUGGAUGAUUCGUAUCAGUGAGGGGAUCUGGCCAGACGAAGUCAAUGAAAGAUCCUUUUUCAGUACUACUGGAGAAUAUAGAGUGGAUUCCUCAGCUACUCAAGUGAUGAAAGAUUCUAUUAUGUACAAGAUGUCGUACCAUAAUUUCCCUUACUUGUAUGGUGAAAACUCUGGUGGUGUUGAUCAUGUUAGACAGCAAUUGAUUAAACCGGAAGAUGUUGGAGAUUUGAAAAGAUUUCAUGAAGUAUUUACCAGUGAGAAUUGGAUGAUUAGAAUAUAUAAAUUGAAUGAAAGAGAUAAUGAAGGAAGAGAUAGUGAAUUUUCUGUAUUCAAGAAUAAGUCGGUAGCAAAUGAUAACAACAGUAACGUUGAAGGAGUUGACGGUUCCAGAAGAAGAAGAAGAAGAAGAAGACAACAAUAUUCGUUAUUAGAUGCUUCUGAAUUGCGUAUUUGA